UAGUCAUGCGUGAAUUCUAUAUGGCAUAUUGCAGCCACACAACGUAGAAAUCAACUUACUGCUGUUAGUACUCCAUAUAUUCGUACUACGGUAGCACGUCUUAUUCAAUAUUCUAGUGCUUGCACAUAUUUACGUGUUUAUAUGGUCGAUCGUACCGUCGAGACUCGAUCGAGCCAGAGACAGACGAGUAGAAUUAUGGGAUUAACUUCUAAAGAUUAUUGAAAUAUCCAAAAGAAUGGCUCUAUCGCACCGUAAAGGAGUCAGAACCUUUCUACGAUUAUGGCUCUGGUAGAGGAAGAUGUUCGACAACGAUUACGACAACGCUUCUCACAUCUACCUGAACCAGUCUUUGAUGAAUGCCUUAGAACUAAUCCUACCAACCUAAACCUGUGCAUCACACAGCUAAAAGAGAGAAGUCAGGCCCAGGAAAGAAGGGAUCCCAUGUGUGCUGUGUCAGCCGGAAUGGAUCCGGCGCAACAACACACACCACAACCACCAACACAGCACCUUCAGCACCACCAACAACCCCAGCAACAACGCAUACAACAGCAGGGACCAGAAGGCUCACAGGACGGCCGAUUGAACAGUGACGGCUGGUUUGAGCUAACGUGGCCUCCAAAGAUGAACGCGGGAGGGGAUAAAGUUGACCCGCAACCCAGUAGGACACCGGAGGCAAAUGAGCCGACGGGUGGCUGGCAGGGGUACAGAGAUUUAUGUAGUUUCAGCGGCAGACCGCCUCUUCAGGUCUCUAAAAUAUCUGUCAAUUUACAGGACUCUGGACAGAGAGCCAAAAGCCCCGGCCUGGUCCAACCUAUUAGAACACCUUCGCCUUCGCCUAGUAGAACUUAUGAUGCGGGGAAUGGCAGUAGAACGCCAGGUACCCCAGACAGCAUCGGACUCGAAUCGAGUAUAACCUUGCCUGGUAUAUCACCACCACUUAGAGACAGAACUCCAUCACCGUUUACCAACCCGUUCUUCCCCCCUAUUGACCAUAAUGCUUUACGUGCCUCGCUACAAUCUAAUGGACGAUCAUCGCCUGGCGUUGCGUAUCAAUACCCGAGAAGUGCCUCGCCUAGGCCGCACGCACCCCCCAAUCAGAACACCAGUACUUCGCCUUUACACUACAACUCACCGGUGGCGCCGAUGCCGAUCGUGGGGCAACCCAACGUGGUGUCGUCGCACCCUGUUGCCCCGCACCAGCGUAACACCCCAGAGCCGCGGCAGGAUGUGAGAAGGAAAAUAUCCCAACCUGAGGUAAACUCACCCCACCCUGAAAGCGCUGGUGGUGGGGUUAGUGGGGUUGGGUUGUAUGGUGGAGCUGCAAGGCAGGUGUCCAAUGCCCAAGCACCCGCACAGUCCUAUCCUACCUCCACCCAGAGACCACCAGUCCAAGGGCCAGAGAGCGCGGAGUACAGAAAGAGAAUGGGCAGUCAAGAAGAGCUGAGAUAUAAUCAAGCUUUGAUCAUGCACCAGAAUGCGAGGAAAGAGAGGCUGAGAAAGGACCUUACCGAGGAACAGGUCAAGCUUGAGCGAAUGAGGGGCGAGAUCAGAAGUAUGGAGCAUGACCUCAACACCAAAAGAUCCCACCGAUCACCCUUCCCAUCGAACGAGCAACUGAGUAAGACGAGGGAGGAGAAGAGACAGCUACAAAUAGAUAUUGAGUGCAUGAACAAAGAGAUUGAUACCUUCAAAAAGCAAGGAUUCACCAACCCCCAUGGCCAGGAGUAUUUCUAUGCUAAUAUUGAUCAAGGCCCUACCGGUCCUAUACCUCCUGGCCCACCAGUAGCCCCAGAUCCCAUCAUGCCUCCUGUCAUAGACCCAGAUGAGGGUCAGCAGUGGGCGUGUACGCACUGUACCUUCCUCAAUCAUCCCUUCUUAGACAAGUGUGAGUGUUGUGAAAUGCCUCGGGACAGUGCCUGAUCAAGGACCAUACACCAAAGACAACAGAUUAAGAAAGAUCCGUACAGUCUCGUGGCUGGCCGAUCAAAAGCACUUUCGGAAAUGAAUCGUGAAAUAGUGGUCUUGGCAGCAGAAACCGAGACCAAGAUUGCUAGAAGGAUUGUGCGACUGUGGUAUUGCAUGAGCGUGUAUAAUGCAAAGUCUUAGCUUCAUGACAGUGCUGACGUGGUGAUGAUCAAAAGCACUUUCAGAAAUGAAUCGUGAAAUAAUGGUCUGGGAAGUCGAAACCGAGACCGAGAUUGAGACUGAUUUAGCGAGUAGGGAAACCUGCUUAUAUACCGCAAGCUGCUAGAAGGAUUGUGCAACUGUGGUAUUGCAUGAGCUUGUAUAAUGCAAAGUCUUAGCUUCAUGACAGUGCUGGCGUGGUGAUGAUCGUAGGCUCCUCGUGUACAAGGAGUCGUUUAAGAGUUCAUAGGACAACGUUAGAAUGUCACCCAUUGUCGUUGAAUCGAUAAGGAUAUCAUUGAUGGUGGUUGAGUUAGCUGCUGAAGAAGUACUACUUGAAUGCUGCUGCUUCUCUCAAAUUUGUCAGUUAUGGAAUCACCAAUGCGCUCAAAAGGCUGUUAAUGAUGUCCUCACUGAUUUCAACUUUAGACCCAGGAAAAUAUCAUUUGAAGCUGCAGGCGAUACUGAUGGCAAAACGGAAAUCCUCUCGGAAGUUAUGAUCCUGCAAGAUGCAAGAUUAUUGAUCAGUUGAGAAAUUACAAUGGUUGAUAUUGGCUCUUGAAACGAUUGAAUUUGAUGACUGUGAGUAAAGUGAGUAAAGGCAUUUUGAAAUGCUGGCAGUUGUUUGAAUUCAUAGCAAGUUUUAUGAAACGGCCCUAUAGUUCAAGCUAUACACCCCUGAACUUCCAUAUCACCAUGAAGGAUGUCUUCAAAGGACACCGCUGAACAACAAGAACUAUGGUACCCUAAAACUUCAGGGAUAACUUUGUCAAAUUGGCUAUAAGUCCGAUCACCCCCCCUUGUCUUCAGCCAACGGUAUACAACUCAAGUUACAGCUUAUAACAUCUUAAAGUUUCUGAAACCACUGAUGGAAUUAUUUUCCUUGAAACUGAUAUUUUUUCCUUUAUGUUGUUCAAAAACAGCUCCUCUGUUUUGAAGAGGGUUUCUUUUUGUAAAAUAAUUUUGCAUGGCAUGGUUUUAAGUGAUGAUACUGCAACAAAACCUCAUGUGUCUGGUUUAUUUUUCUACCCAGCGGUGCUCACAAAAUGAGAUUUAUAUGAGAUAUAUCAAGCAUUAAGAGAAUCUGGGCAAUUCUUGUGUCAUAAGAGAUAGCAGAAACAUACAAUUUGUAAAGACAUCUAUUCGGUUUACUAUAUUUUUGUUUGUUCAUAUGAGACUUUUGUAUUAUGAGCAGUAAUUAAUAUUUUGAGUUUUGAUAGGCACAACACCAUUUUCGAAAUUCAAAUUUGUCCUACUUUCAUGGAUUAAUUCUAUGUAGCAACGUUGGGUUGCAUUAAUUAGUGUAUGACAUUAUUCCCUCCUCUGUCCAUAAGUGCAUGCAUAAUUGCUUAUGAAAGCACCAACUAGGGGGCCAGUCCCACCGAACUGAUGACUACAUGUACGGUAUCUAUAAACUAUCUCUAUGAAUUAUUUACCUCAAUUUUUGAAUAUAUUGAGUACGGUAGUCACACCACCAACAAUAUUGGCAAGAUCAAUUUUCCCCCGAUCUAUUUACAAAAUCCAAAAAGGCUAGAUAUUUCAAGGUAAGGUACAGUGUAUGUAAAUCAAAAAUACAGUAGGUUUAUUUGAGAUACCAAUCUAUUUGGUCUUAGCAACUGUAAUACAGUGAAACCUGUCUAUAAAGACCACCCAAGAGAGACGAGAAAAGCGGUCUUUCUGGCAGGUGGUCUUUAUGAACAGGUUCCUUUCGUACAUGUUUUAAUGAGAAACCAUUUUCAAGGGAAACAAAAAGUUGCUGUGCUCCUCUGGAAGCAGUGCUAUUACAGUCACCUCAACACCUGGGACCUGUUUCACAAAGUCUUUUUUCAACGACAAAUGACAAAAAAUAGUGACAAAUCUGUUGGUAACCAGUCAGAAGACUGUCAUUUGUCACUGAUGACAAGUUUUGUGGAACAGGGCCCAGAUGUCUAACCUGAGUCUUGCAUGUUUCUACAUGUACAUGUUUGUUAGUUAACACCAUGAGACUGUUCAGACCGAGGGGAAUUGAAAUGAAAGUCGUUUAAGAGAAACGUCAUGUAAAGAAUGGUCUUAUAACAAAUGAGCGGGCAGACUACAAAGACCACAUCGUACAAAGUAACAUCAUAUUAAGACAUCACUUUGAAGAAGUCAAGUGACCCGACAGUUGACCAAUCAUCAGUGUGCGCUCACGAUAAGCCCCGCCCAGUUAUACGAUUUCAUCCAAUACCAUGAUCAGACCAGAGCGGAAACCCUGACCCUUUGUAGAGUUUUCAUUCAAAAUGAUGCUCCCACAUGCAUUUCAUUAUACUACGCUUCUGUAUACGAGGUCCAGAUUAGGAAAAUGUUUAUUACUUAUCAUGUAGCUGUACAGUGAAUUCUGGAAGUCUCGAUGCUUGGUACGUUAAAGGCGAUUGGAGUGGGCCUUAAGGCCAGAGCCAUCUAUACACAGAGUUUGGCCAACUUGGUUUCACCGGGUCACAACAUGGCGCAUAUUCUUUUGUUUUGUGCUUGCCCAACAAAGCAGUAGUCGCCAUAUUGUUGGCCAAACUCUGUGUAUAGAGGGCUCAGCUUAAGGCUGUGCGCAUAUGCCAUCGCUCAUGUAUGUAGUAAAAGGCAAUGUUUACAUGCAACAAUAAAGGCAACUCGCCCGUGGAGUGAGUAUGUCAUAAAUUUAAGCAAUACCUCGUAGAGGGCGUUUUUGUAAAAAUGUAUCUGCUUGCGAUUCAUGAUCAAUUUCUGCAGAAUAAUAGAAUCUCUCUUGUUUGUGAGACUAAUGAAUUAGCUUCCUAUUUUAAGAGAUGGGCAUUAUUCUAUCACUAAACUAUCAAUAUUGUAGUUUAGGAGUCUUCACGUUAUUCUAUGCCCUGUAUAGGCGCUUCCUUCAUCUCUAACCUCUGUGUAUAACAUGUACUAGUGCAAGGAACAAGCAUUAUUCUGUACUUUGUAAAGCAAUAUUCUCACUGAACAACUAACAUGUACAUCACAACUUUCUAAUUUCCACCACAGAGGGUGGUAAUCUCAUAUUUUUGUAUGAUUCUCAUGAGCAUUUCUUGUUUAAAUACUUUGGUUUGUGUUGACAAUUUUUGUGGUUAAUUUUUGGUUCCUGCAAUUUGAUAUGAAGCUUUCAACUUACUUAAGCCACAAAGAACAGUGUAGCCCAAUGUUUACUCAAUUCUUUAUAAUAAAUAUUUAUUUUUCAAGAUUUCAUAAAUAGAAACUUCUCUUUUGAUUUUUUUCAUCAUGUAUAUUUAUGCAAACUUGUAUGUGAAUUGAUACUCAUGAAAUCAUUAUGAGAAGUGACGUGCUUUAGGCUUUAGGUAUACCAAUACAUGAAUGGGGUUACAAACUUUUGUGUGGGUACAGGAUACAGUGUAUAUGCAGCUUGUGUGGAAUUGUAGAAUACUGGAAUUCCAUCACAACAAAUUCCCUUCUGUUCGAUAGGUCAUCUUCAACAAAUCAUAUUAAUCUCUUAUAAAUGAAAUGAAUGUUGCAAUGUCAGGCAAUUGAUUCAGCAAUGCUGCUACUAAGAGGUAUUGGAGAUGGUAUUAUUUGAUGUUUUUGACAUGAAGUCCACAUAUUAAGUUGUUUCCAAGAUACAGCUAAUACGACUUACUUUGAAUCAUCGGGUCAUUACGUUGGUUUGGGUGGUCACGUUAUCCAACCUUUUGUUUUAAAAAAAUGCCCCUUUAUUGACAAGAUGUGGGGGGGGGGGGGGGGUAAUGUGAAAAUAAUUAUAAUUAUAUAAUAAUAAUUUGUGAAAUAAACCCCUCUCAUCUACAUAUGGUCUGGUCCAAUUUACCAGACACUUUGUGAAAACCCCACGGCAAAUCUACAAAAGGUUGCUUUAUCUUCUGUUUCGUUUCACGAAAGGUCGUGUAACUCGACCACCCGUCCAGACGUGAUGACCCGAUAAUUCUAAGUUAAGCCACUAUUUUACUCUCACAUCUUAUAGCUUACAGAUAAUCGUUCUAAAUCAAUUGUAGCCUGUCUGAUAGUGUUCCUGUUAUGCACACUGUAUUAAUGUAUGUUCUUGCAUCUUUCUCUUCCGUUGUUCAACUUUUACUAUUACAAGUAAUGUGCUAUUUUUUUCUUCUACAAAGUUUCCCGUAUUUCGUUCAGAGUUCUGCUAGAAUUCUACACAUGAAUGAUACUUUGUACUUGAAGUAUAAUUAUAUCUGUAUCUUUAUAUAUUCUAUGAAGGUUGAACAAAAGUCAGUAAUCGGUAUCACGUUGCAAUGCUGUAUUAUGUGGCAGAGAGAUAACCCUUCAGUAGGCUAUGGUAACGUUAUCUGGUAACUGUUGGGAACGCAUGUAUAGAGGGAAGAAACAAAUCAUCUGUAUAGAUAAAUAUAUAUAUACAUAUUUAUGGCAUGAGCUUUUAUUACAGAUGCGAUGCAAAAGUGUCUGUAUUAAAGGAAUUCCUCUCAGUCAUGUAUUUCACAGCAGGAAGUGAUACAUUUAGAUGUUAUUAUGCUGUUCUGUGGUCCAAGAAUUUGAAAUUCUUUCUCUAGGUGCAUGUAUGUCUAUGUAUAUUGGAGACAGUUGAAACGAGUUGAUGAAACCUGUAGUUCGGCAUGGCUAGUAAUGAGGAAUCUACUUUGCUAUUCUCUCUUGUGUAUUUUAAAAAUGAAAUUAGGAUGAAAAGAGUGAGCAAAUUCAUUCUUUCUUAAUAUUGUUGUCAUGAAAUGAUGUUAUGAUCUUGAAAGCAUAUAUUUUUGUUGGUUUAUGAUUAAGAAGAUGAAUGGAUAUGUAAACAUAAAUUAUGUACCUAUAUCAUAUUAUUCUGACAUUGUACCAUUUUACUGAUGCAAAAAGUCUUGAAAAUGACUAUGUUGGAUGGAAUAAAAGCUAAAAAGAUAU